GAGAGAGAGAGAGAGAGAGAGAGAGAGAGAGAGAGAAUUACACUCUAUUUUAAACAGAUCAAGACAAAAAAGUAAAAAAGAAGAAUAGUAAAAAAAUAAUAACUUUUUUUUAUAACGUAAGAAACAUUUUCAUGGUUAAAUGUUUCUUUUUCCAUUUUCCACUCAGUGGUGAGUAUUAAUUUUCCAGUAAGCAUCUUAUCACAACUUUUGAGAAACAUUCUUCAUGCAGCUCCGGUACAGUCCAGUGGCAGAGGCUAAGUACAAUAUCAUGUAAUCUUGUGAUCUUUAUUUCCUGUGUUGUGGCAAGGAUUACGACCUUCGAGACCAGUGUUGUGACGCCGCGGGACAUGCCAAUGAAACUGCCUCGCCACGCGCACGCACUAAGCCUGUGGCUGAGGCUGAGGCUGACACACACAUACACACACACACACUGCCACAGGAGCCUAUAUCUUGUGUAAAAUCAUUGCCUCCUUGUUACUGCCACCCACAUUACAGCUUAUCCCUGAGAGAGAGAGAGAGUUGGGGAUGGGAUAGGGGCGGGUGGCCAGUGAUAUGCUAAUGUGCUUCCAGCCGCCUUUAAACUAUCGGCAGGAUUAAACUUUUUUUUCCUUAUGACAUUCACACUGGCAGCCUUAAAUACGCACUCGUGUUCAGCAAGCCAUGCUUUGCAUUACGGCACUGUCCUUACUGACUCCUUAGUGUUGUGCUUAGCUUAUGGUGAACACAUUAUGGCAAGGCGACGAGGCGGCCUCUCCACCAAUGCAGAGGUCACUUCCUGGCUGUGACGGCGUGGUGCAGCAGGUGGUGGCAGCAACAGCAACAGCAGCAGCAGCAUGAACACAAGCGAGGCACACGUCAAGCGUCCACUCAACGCCUUCAUGGUGUGGUCGUGUGUGCGACGCCGCCAGAUCUCCGUGCAGCGGCCAGAGCUGCCCAGCUCAGAAGUCUCCAAGCUGCUUGGCGCCGAGUGGGCAAACAUGACCGACGCUGAGAAGAGUCCCUUCUUUACUGAGUCCAAGAGACUGAGGCUGCUACACCUCAGGAAAUACCCAAACUACAAGUACCGGCCCAGACGCAAAACCAGAAAGCCAGCCGACCACCCCAGCAGACCGUCGGCACAGUUCCCCGUGCUUCAGAGCUUCAAGGAGGGAUUCCUCCCCUUCCUGCCGACGACGCAGCACCCGCUGCGGCCGGUGCCGGACAGCGCCGCAUGUCCCACUAUGUACCCGCUGCGCUGGCCGCAGCUGGACGAGUUGAGCGGUUACCCAGCGGCGUUCUUGGAGUCCUUCCCCACACAACAGUGGAGCGCGUCCCUCCAUCUCCCUGCACCUCAGCUAAUACCGACCUCCUCCUCAUCCUCCUCCUCUUCGCAUAACCUUCCGUCUGACCUCAACCCAAGAGACACGCCUGGCAUCUUCAGGCCGUGGGAGUCAGAGAAGAAAGAAGUGAGCGAGAAUCACCACGCGGCCGCCGGCCAGUGAGCGCUGAGCGGCGCCUGAGUGACAGUGAGGCUGCGGCGCCGGCAAGGUGGCAAGGUGGCAAGGUGCGAGGUGGAGGCAGCUGUGGUGGGCGGCAGAGCCUGAGCCGUUCGCUAUUUGGCGUCUGGUCAGCGCCGUGCAGGCUGGCCAUUCCUCCCUGUGUCACGCCUUCAUUCCGUGGCCCUUGUAAUGCCCUCUUGAUAAAAAAUAAUAUUGACUAUCUGUAGAUAAUAAAAUCAGAUAAAUAGAUGAAGUAGUAAUAAUUAAUUAAUAAUAACAACA